AUGUUCGACAAACCUGGGGUCCUCAUCGAUGGGGCCUGCGACCUCUCCGACCUCAUGCCCGCGAUCACUUUGCUUGACGACGACGGCGCUGCGGCGUCCGCCAAGGCCGCCAAAUCUUGUGAAUGGCUCCCCCCUCCAUUGCAAUUGCUGCCUGCUGGCGAAGGCGAGGUGGCGGAAGGGCCAGGCGCGGCCGUUCCCCCGCUGCCCUUGCCGCCCGCGCCUGCUGGCGAAGGCGAUGAGGAUAUAGGGGAGCCCCCCGAUCUGCCGCCCCUGCCGCCCCCGGAGGAGGCUCCGCGGGCAUCCGAGGAGAAGGAGGAGGAGAUGGAGGAGGAGAGAGGCGAGGAGAUCGAGGAGCGUUGGCCGUUUGACCGUUGGCCGCUUGACGCUCGCGGCAUGCGGUUGACGUCCCUGCCCUGCGGUGAGAUAGCGGAGACAUUCAACGUCUUCAUGACCACGAUGAAAACUGAUGCGACCAAUGGGGGGGUCUGGCAAAACCAGAAAAUCCGUAGCUGUCGAGUGUUGUCGUCGUACUAUGAUAUCGACAAGCUGGCAGCAGAAAUCCGCGGUGGGCUGACGGCGGGGUGGCGGGGCCGAUGCACGAUGCGACAGUCGAAGAUGGCCGACAUCACUGCAUCGAUCGGCAGCGCUGGCGUCCACAGUCUGGCAAUGACGGCAAAGCAGCUCUCCUCGCUCAACUGCCCUGGAUGGGAGGAGAUACUCGGCCGCCUCAAGGCUGCCGAGCUCGCGGGCGUCGACGUCCGCGCUCUGGACCAGACGUUCGGCUUUUUCCAGUGCGCCGACAGCGGGUCGGACGAGGUGUGCGCCUCCAAGAUUCUGUCCACCCUGAUGUAUCCUCAGGGCAG